AUGGCGGUCUCACCAAAGAAUUGGCGCGACAAGGCCUGGUUUGGCUGGUUCGUAAUCCAGAUCGUCGUCAUAUUCCUCAUUGACGCAGUUCAAUUCUACCCGCCGCAGCUGUACAAGGUGCCAGGCAGCCCGCUGUACUUCCUGCAGCGGCUCAAGGAUUUCUACGUCGCGACGUACAACGACCCGCUCGUGCAGCCCGAGACGGAGCCCAACUGGAUGCACAUGGUCUCAGUCGUCGAGAUCAGCUUCCAGCUGCCUGUCGCCCUGUACGCGUCAUGGCGCCUGGGCGCCAGCCGGGGCACCUCGGGCCCGUUCGAGCUGGUGCUGCUGGUGUAUGCGUUCGAGACGGCGUUCAGCACCCUACUAUGCAUUAACGAUGUCUUCUACUGGGACCCGGCCGUUUACUCACAGGAGCAGAAGAAUGUUUUCCUGUUCCAGCUGUACGGCUCGUGGCUUGUGAUACCCGCGCUGAUGUUUGUGGACAUGUACUGGAGGCUGUACAGCCGGCUCUCGGCGCCAGACGUUACGAAGAAGACGCAGUAG